AUGCUACUUGCAGACAUGCAACAUGAAGCUGUAGACAGCACGAGCGCAGGCACAGAUGAUGUUAUGGGCACCAUGGACAACGACUUUCAAUGGGAAUCGGUCCCCCAUGACCUCAGAGAUAACGACACAUUUAUGCUCGCUGUUCCUUAUGAUUUCUUGAUUGAUGUUAUCAACAUUUACACGCUUGACACUAGUGCUUAUAUUCACAGUGCAUCCACCAUUGAAACCCCUGCAGAAGCACUGGUCUUGAGCAGUUAUCUGGGUGCUACUCCCCAUUCUCCAACCAUCGCCAUUUCUUUGUCAAAACUUGAGCUUUACAGGCAUCUGCGCCUGCGUAAACCUUCACUCAGUGUUGAGGCGUUCACCAAGGUACUUUGUGACCUGUAUCAUUGGCCUUAUCACCGGAGAUAUUGUACUGCGCUUGCUGAUGCUUUCGACGUCUAUCUCACAAUCCACCACAACAUUGAUGUUCAAGUAUUGAAGACCCUUGGACGUGAUUCCGAAAGCUGGCGUGUGCUUAAUGCAUGUCCACCAUGCACAUAUGAGCUGAGGGAUGAGCCAGAACUUGUCUUCCGACGAAUGAUAGUAUUUGAUGGGAAUAACUUGCUGUCCCGUCUGGUGCCACUGGGAGGUUGUCAAGUCGGCGAUACACACAUAUUCAACAGUGACUACUACCCCGAGCCUGACUACAUCAACGCGCAUGCAUCACAAUCCAACACACUGUCAUCGGAUGACGAGAACAUCAACCCUACUUCUCAAAUGCAUGCUGGGCAGGACCCUGAACUUAUGAACACGUCACCAGCUACGUCAGCAUGCACGGACAACUGGAAAGCUGCUGCAGUGGAUGCGAAGAAGAAGUCAUGGGGAAUAUUCAAAGAGACGGGAAUCUUCGCAAGCGCUUGCUGUCAUGGUCUUGUACUUUGGAUUGCUGAUAUGGUUCGCAGUGGGGAGCUUUUCAAGUACCCACUUGCCAUUGUUGGUAAAGCUCUUGAGACUCUCGGAUCACAUCUUUUGGUUGGAUAUGACGUGGGCUGCAAGCUUGCGAUUACCAUUGCCUCUAGCUCGCUAGCGCAGAAGUUUGAUGAUGCUGAAUAUUGUAUGUGUGUUGACGCAUUUUAUGGGUACACCCACAGUUAUGUGUGCCGAGACAAGAACCACCCAAAUGUCAUCAAGGGCAUGGGAAUCAAAGAUCUUGCUACGAUGGAGCACAUUUUUAGCUCAUCCAAUCAACUUGGCCCUGUCACUCAUUAUGCCUUGGCAUACAACCAUUGUGUCUCCAUAGACUCCUUUUUCAAACAGUGGGAUGAAGACAAGUAUCUCAACCUCAGUAAUAUGCUCUACAAGAACUAUCUUCAAGUGUGUCAGAUCAUUGAAGAGCAGGGAACUGCUAUCCGAGAAGCCAAGAUUUUGCUCAGCAUUUCAGAUGACGAUCUCAAGAUGUGGUCUACAGAACAAUCACAGUACCUCGCAACAUCAGGUCAGGAGGCAGAGUGGGAUGUUCAUGCUGUUGUGUAUGUUGAGCUGCUUCAGAAACUCAGGGAAGCAAGGUAUGUAUCACAUGUUGUUGCACUUGAAUUGAAGAUGGGUUACCUAGAGACCCUGAAGUAUAUGUCACAGCAUGAAUAUCAUCGUGCGCUUGACAAUCUUCAACAGCUUGUAGUACUUCGGUUGUUCGAACUUCAUAAACUCAAUAUUUCUCAAACAGGUUAUCGGAUGUGCACUCAUAUCGCGAAGUCCUUGCAAACUCGUUGCAAGGCCAUCCAAAAUGCUGUCAAGUCCUAUAAUGCAGCUGCCCUUGCCCUUGAGCCACCAGUGCCUAUGCUGGACUGGUCCAAAGUGUCGCACUAUAAUUUUCUUGAAGAGUUUGUUCUCUUGCGUGAGACAUGCCAAGACAUUCACAGCAGACGCUGGGCUGAACCGGCGGUGCAUGAAGUUAUGAAACAGAGCCUUCACAUUGAGCGUGCACAUAAAGAGAUUCAGCAUUGCCAUGAAGCACACUUCACCUGGGUCAUUUUGGAGGCCAACAAUGCUAGCAAUCCAAUAUGUGGGGCACUUGAAGAAUUUUGUCAAUGCCGGCGGCACAUCAAUGCUCACGUACUCGCUCAUUUACAGGACUUAUAUUCACUUGCCAGCUUCACUGGCUCCACAACACUGGGUAUCAGGAAGAACGCUCCAGACGAUGUCCAAGUCACUGUGGACUUGCAGGCAUUGGUGAAUUCAGAGCAUCAGAGCGCUGAAGAUGAUGAGAAUGAUGAUUGCGCAGGACUCAAGGAGGAUGAUGCUAUUGUUGGUGAAGUCGGUGGUCUACUCAACUACAUAUCUGAAUUACCACAGCAAUUUGAAUGCUUCAUACUUUCUUUGCACAAUGCAUAA